AUGUCCCGACGGAUUGCUGGAUUAUGGCUGCUUUGGUGGACAGCACUGGCUCUGCGGACAGAUUCAGAUUCAAACGAUGAAGACAGAUACAAGAAGGGCCUCGAGAUUUGGGUCUACACAUUGAAUCUUGGAAAACUCAGCAGGCCGAGGAACCGAGCGGGUCUUGAAGACAUGGUCGACAACGUGCUGGCGAAAGCACGCGACCAGCGCAUCAAGCUGGUGUCUGUCAACUUCCAGGAAGCUCCGAGUGAGAAGACCUUCUUCAUCAGGCCGGUCACAGGAUGGAGGGUCAUCAGAACGCGCCAUCUUUGCAACGAACAGCUCCAUGCCAUCCAGAUAACAUGCGACUUUGCCCUCUUCUCCUACCUGUACAUUGCCGACUAUAGAACAAAGCGACAGAUGCCUGUGGAUGGCGACAUUCGGGGAGUCAGGACCUUGGUUUUCACGCAGAAACAACUCCGCCAGCUAGAGUCCACUGACACUGUCGACGACAAGUACGCCGAGGGAUGCGGGGCUGGGAAGGAGUCCAAGGAACUACCUGAGACCUACUGGGGAGGCGUCCUUCACGAUGAUGCGCUACGUCCGGACAUCGACGGGAUCAAGGCGGCACAGAGAUGCCACGGGGUGGCCGUGAAGCACGCGACUUGGUCCUGCACAAGCUCCAGGCCAACAUGGGUCCUGCUGAAAACAGUCUCCGUUCAAGCACCCAAGGAGGACUACUUGGGUGUUGCGGCGAAGGCCACCCUGAUCACACGAUACAGAGUUCACUAUGUUCAUGGCGGGGCCAAUCACAAGAUCGACUUCAUCGUCAGCACAUCGCACUUGGGAGCCAUUCCGAAUGCCAAGGACAUGUUUCGAAUGUCGGAGAGAUCACAGGAGCUGGGGCAAGCAAUGGAUGCUCUCAAGGUUGUUAGCGACAACUACACAGUCCCCGCGUUCAUGACUGGAGACUGGAACUUCCGCAUGGUGCCGUUUGACAGCCUGGCGGAGUUUUCAAACUUCACAGGGCUGGACUACACGGGACCGGUCCUUCACCUGGUGAACGGAUCGGUACGGCCUGCCUGGGUAACCAGGAGUCCAAUGCGCCCUGGUGUUGCCUACGAGGAGAUGCGAGUGGCGGCCGUGGCCUUGCAACCACAAUACAUCUCCAAAAUGAGGUGGCUUCAGUCUCUUAAUCCGGGCUUGAACUGGCUGUACCAGCACUUCACAACCGUCUGGAAGCGUGCGCCAACGUGCCGCUUUCUUGAAAGCCAUCUUCGUGCCCCUCUAUCCACGAUUCCCGCCGUGGUGCUCGAGAACUAUGCCAACGAAGCAGUGUUGCCUUCAGCGGACUUCCUGUCGUUGGAUGGUGGAAAGUGGGAAUUGUUCAAGGAAGAGGGCUUCGACCUGACCAAGGCGCAAAGUUGGAAAGGCACGCCAGAGGAAAGCCUGGUCACACGGCUGCCGUCGUACUGCGACCAGAUAUUCUGGAGCAAAGGUAUCCACAAGAUCAGCAUGGGCACGGCCUGGAGCGUUCUAGGAGAUUCUCUCCGUGCAAUGAUGCAGUCUGACCACAACAUGUUGGAGUUGAAGGCAGUCCUGUGGCUGUGA